UGUGAUUGUUAUUGACGCUGGUGUCAAUGUUUUCCAAAGCGAACCACAUCCCAAUUUCGACGGAGUUGAUUGUUGUGCUAAGAAAGAGUAGGAAAAUAGAAAUUAGAAUUUCAUCCGAUUUUGUCGUUUGAACAUAGAAAUCCCAAGAUGCUAAACUAUCUACAAUGGUUCAUUAUGGUCGUACUCUCUGCGUCCGCGACGGUACAAGGCUCACACGAGAAACUGCCGGUGGCCGCAAACCUGCACCGUGCCGAUGGAUCACACGAAUCCUACGACCAGAACUUGGCUACUGUAACCGCAGACGAGGGUUUUGUCGAUUCAACGACUCCAGGCACCGGGACGACACAUGAUCGUGCGUUGUUCAAGGAGACACCUAUCAUGGAUGCGAUCACUAUCGUAUGGUACCUAGCCACAUUAAUCGCACUCGUAGCGUUCUUCCUGGUGAUGGCCUGUGCGGACCGCAACCGGUGUCGAUCUCGUAAGCCCGCCCAGGAAGAGUUGACGCCACCGCCAACGCCGGCACCCUCCUACCGCCAGUUCGCGCCUCCCAACUACGAUACGCUAGUGUUCGAGAAAGAUAACGACAGUAUUUUCAUCAUUCCAUACGACGCUCGGAUCGAGAGUGAACAUCAGCGGUACGCCGAAAGUCUGGCGAAUGAUCUGGAAGAGAUUAUAGUCCAGCCAAAUGUGUCUAACGACCACGUGCCAACCAGUGAUAUUAGGAAUGAAGAGGAUGGUGAUGCAGGCAGUGAUGCUACCGCUGUUCCCGAAGUAUGUAGUAGUGAACCAGUGCGCGCUAAUUAGGUGAUAAGGUACACGCUGACGUCGGGGGUAAACUGCGCAAAAUUGCAUUGCAAACGUGUGAAUUCGCAUUGCACUGCAUUCGAUCGGCCGUUGAGUGGUUUUGCUUCGAUAGUGUGUUUUUACCGCGAAGUAAUGCGUCAUUGAAAAAACCGGUAAUCUUUGUCAUAACGAUGACGAUAAACAGCUUAAAAAUGCUGCACAGCAGAGCCGUCUGAUCUUCGACUGAUACCAUUUUUGGGGGAAAAUGGAAACCGAUAAGCCGGCAGUAAUGCGGGAAUACUUACGAUUACCGUGCGCAACAAACACACGUGUUCCUGUACUCAUGACAGUGCGGUUCUAACGCAACGUUUCAAACAUUACCAUACGAAAUGGUUUAAUAAUGUAAUCUAAUCGAUCGUGAUUCUGCAGCGAUGAUCAAGCCCGCUGCCUUUG